AUGCCCGGUAUUCCACUGGGUGGAAUUUUCUACCGGUGGGUAGGUGACAAAGGGACACGACUAGUGACGGAAAGGUCAGCUCCGCAUUCGAAAAAGAUUUCGACUUCAGUUUCGUUUCGUCAUUUUCUCUUUUUCAUUGCUUAUACCGUUUUUUUUAUUCACACUUGUUUCGUUUUAGCCAGCGCAUUCCCUUUUCUCAUCUUUCUUUCUCUCCAUUUUUACUUUCUUUCUUUUUUUCUUUCUUUCUUUCUUUUUGCUUUCUUUAUUUCUUUCUUCAUUCCUUCCUUCCUUCUUUCUUUCUUUCUUUCUUUCUUUCUUUCUUUCUUUCUUUCUAUUCAGCUUUUGUAUUUCUUUCUUUCUUUCUUUCUUUCUUUCUUUCUUUCUUUCUUCAUUCCUUCCUUCCUUCCUUCUUUCUUUCUUUCUUUCUUUCUUUCUUUUUUCUUCCUUCCUUCCUUCCUUUCUUCCUUCUAUUCAGUUUUCCUAUCCAUCAUUUUUUGUUUAGCUCUUUCUUUUGUCCUUCCUUCCUUCCUUCCUUCCUUCCUUCCUUCCUUCCUUCCUUCCUUUGUGAUUUAUUUCCUCCUUUCUUUUUAUUCAGCUUUUCUCUUUUUCUUUCAUUCGUUCAACUUAGCUUUUCUUUCUUUUCAUUUCGAACGACUUCUUUUCUUUCCUUUCAUUCAAUUUCUCUUCAGCAAUAUUUUUCUCGCCCCCCUCCCACUUUAA